AUGGCGGUAUCAAUCGAAGCAUCCAUACCGGUAUACCCAAGCCGCAUGGCCAAGGUUAUCUUGUGGCUGUUGAUUGCCGUUGGUUGUUUGGGAACGGCAACAUUCGCGCAAGAGGAAGAGGAAGCCGUUGUCUCUCUGCUUCGACCGGAUGGGGCUUGUGCCGUUGCCAACAUGUUUCCGUAUACCAUUGGACACGGUCGCUGGCCUCCAACAGCGUUUCAACAGUUGAGUUUUUCGUGGGCCGCUUCGGCGCAAAUGGCAAUGGAUCAUUUCAAUGCCCGCGACACGAGUGUGAUUCCCGAGUUGCAAACGUUGGCUCCUUCCAACGGCGAGUGCAGUGUCUACUUUUCUCCUCCCACCGUGUUGGACAGUGCUCAAGAAGGACCUACAGCUGUCAAGGCACUCUGGACCGCCACUACUAGCACGAUACAACAGCAACAGCAACCGCAGCAACACACUAGCAAUGAUACCCUCGCCUCCUCGUACUGUGCUGUCUUGGGACCCAUGGAUCCUCGUGCGACCGAAGAAGUGGCCGCCAUUACCACUGCAUUGGGAUUGCCCCACUUGUUUUACUACACCGAAUCCAAUCGAUUUUGGAAUACUGGGUUGGAUGGAAACACCGUCGGAAUGCCACUGUCACCGCAUUCCCGCGCUCACAUUAUGCUCCAAUGGCUGACGGAACAUCAACGAGAGUACCUGGCAGUACUCCACUACCCUAAGGACGGAUCGUCCGAUCUCGCCGAAGAAUUGUUCAGUGUGGCCAACAAUCCCGACGAAUACUACCACAAAGAAAUCAUUGUUCAAAACUUUUUGCGCGUGCUGGGUCCAGGGCAAGUACCCAUUUUGCUCAAUCAAGUCCAGGAAUCCGCCAUUACCACGAUACUCCUCAAUUUUGACAAUCCACGCGCCAUUCUCUCUUUGGCGAAUGGGCUAGCGGAUGCCGGAAUGCUCACGGACAAGUAUCUCUACAUUAUGUCGCCGGAUGCCAUUCCCACGGAUCAACGAUUGCAAGAUGUCUAUGGACACGACAAUUAUCCUGCCGGAUCCAAUGUCGAUCGAUUGCUCUCGUAUUCCAUUGUCUUUGAUGUGAUUGAUCCCUUUCGAGUCGACGAUCAAGACAACUUUUUGCAAGCUUGGAAUGAGUUGGAUUCCGACAUGGUACAUCGCAUCAAUGCCCAAAAUCCACUCUCUCCAACAUCCCCAUCCUACUUUGAAGCACCCACCGAUUACUUUCAAACGCAGACACCCAAUCAUCAUUCCUCGUACAUUUACGAUGCCGUCAUGAUGCUCGGGAUUGCCGCCUGUCAGUUACAAAUGCAAAAUGCUACGCUUGACUUGCAGACCAUGAUACCGCACAUCCACAACAUGUCGUCCUUCCAAUCCGCGUCGGGGCGUAUCUCGCCCUUUCCCUACGACACGGCCUAUCGCAAUCCCAAUACCGACUUUGAAGUUGGACUCUACAAUAUACUACCCGCAACGACAGCCUUGGGCAAUCGUACCUACACAGCUUCCUUGGUAUCGAUUUGGAGUGACGGAGCAUGGAAUGACGUUCCCAAUGUCUCACUCCUCUACCGCGAUGGGACCACCACGCCUCCUCCCAGUUUGUCGUAUAUGGACAACAAUUACCUCUCGACAUCGGUCCGCGCCAUUGGAUUCAGCGUCAUGGCAUUGACAUGGUUCAUUGUCAUUGGAGCCAUGGUGGCCAUUGUCUCGCUCCGAUUUACCAAUACCAUUCAACGUGCCCAACCCUUUUUUCUCCUGCUUCUCUGCAUGGGAUCGCUCCUGACGAGUUUUGCCAUUUUCACACUGUCCUGGGACGAAAACACGGGUGCCACGCAAGCACAGUUGGAUUUGGCGUGUGGGACGACGCCGUGGGCCUUUUUUCUGGGACAAAUCAUUACCUUCAUGGCACUCUUUUCGGCACUGUGGCGAUUGGAUCGGGUACUCCAAUUUCGACGACGCAACAAGGUAUCCGUACGACAAGUGUUGGGACCACUCUUGGUGCUGUUGGGCAUGACACUGAUUCUGUUGACCUUGUGGACCGUGUUGGAUCCCUGGACGUGGCAGCGCGAAUGGAUCCGUCGCGUACCGGCGGAAACCUACGGAGCAUGCACGUGCGACAACGUUUGGGCGUUCUUUGGUCCUCUCAUGGCACUCAUUGUCGUCAGUGAAGCGCUGGCGGCAUUCUUUGCCUGGAGAACCUCGGACGUUCCGGAAGACUUUAGCGACAGUCGGACUGUGGUCCUCGCCAUUUGCUUCCACGUGCAAUCCUGGUUGAUUGGAGUCCCCAUUCUAGGAGUGUUGCAAGAUUCGUCCGCCAAUGCGACCUACCUCGCUCGGGUCUUGGUGAUUUGGAUCUUUGCCAUUUCCAGUGUCUUGGUGGUGGUCGGACCACGGAUCUAUCGAGCGCAGUUUGUGGAAGGUCGUGAGGGAGUCGUCGGAAGAAGUCGUAUUCGGUCGAGCAUGUCGGCAAGUGCGAAUGACCGCAAUUCCGCGCGGGUUCACAUCUCCGGAAUCAAUGUACCGUCCGGACCUUUGGGUGUGCGUAGGGAGGAAGAUUCUUCGACCAUGUCACCACCACUACCAACAGUACCAAGGGGCGCACGAAGAGACCCCACCUCGAGUAUUUGUUCCACCAAUCCGGAUCCUUCGGCGAAUGCCUUUGAACCCAUAGCGGAAGAGGAAGAGGAUGAACCUGUCAGCAAAGCUUUGACCAAAGAGACUGUCGACGCCAGCGAGUUGAUGCAGACGGAGUGUGGCAAAGAAGAGGGCGACGACCGUGACGAGUUUGCAUGUGAAUGA